AAACAAAACACGAAAAACUCGUAAAUAAAUAGUUUACAAGCUUAGGAAAAUUUACGAGCUACCUCUAGUUUUUUUAAUAAAACAAAAAAAAAGAAGAGCAAAACAGUUUGUCGGAGAUUAGAUGGCGAAAAUAUCGGUGGCUGUGCUGUUGUCCGUAAUGCUACUUGUCUCGAUGAACUCGGUGGAUAUCUUGGCCGAGGAACAACCGACGGUUGGGCAGAGGAUAGACUCCGCCGUGACGGGUGUCACCAAUGCAUUCAAUGAACACGGCGGCCCACAAGCCGUUGACACCGUAUCAUCCACCGUCAAAUCCGUUUACGGAUGGUUCAGUGAAAAAGCCAAGGAAUGGGGAAUCCACUUCUAAAAGGAGGAAUAAGCAAAGUUCUUUUAA